GACCACCUUGAGUCCUUGGACCUGGAGUGGCACCCUGAUCUUCAGGACCCAUACAGAGGGUAAUCUUGUUUAUCCUUUAACCUGAUGAACUGUCCGCAAUCCUGAGGACCUCCAAACCUCACCUACAGAACCCCACAGUGCUUAGUCUCUGAAAUCUGAGGACUGCUUCUUGCCCCCAUAUCUGAACCCCAAGCACUGUUGCCUCCUGUACCCCCCCAAAAGCUGGAGUUAUCCUACAUAUCAUCUGUAAGCCUUGUACAUCACGAGGAGCAUCCCCUGGACACAGCAGAACCCUGAUAUUGCCUCUGUGGCAAGCUGUGGGACGUUUGGUAUCUAGCAACCUCCACCAAACUACCCGAUUAAUAGACCUCGGGGAUCCUUCCACCCUCUGCACUGAUCAUCACAAGAUCAGAACGUUGGAAGUUGCAAGCAGCACAAGACUAGCACUUGAUACAACUGUAGGGGGACUUUACAGAUUUGGGUACAGCCUUGCCAAGCGGUGCUUUACCCUCUUCAGAACACUUUCCAGAAGUCGGGCCCCAUAGGUGUACAACCCAGUUCUUAAUUUCUCCAAGCUGUGUUUAAUGCUCCACCAUGGGCAAGGUGCUAUCCAAGAUUUUCGGCAACAAGGAGAUGCGGAUCCUGAUGCUCGGGCUGGAUGCGGCCGGUAAGACCACCAUCCUGUACAAGCUGAAGUUGGGCCAGUCGGUCACCACCAUCCCCACCGUCGGCUUCAACGUGGAGACCGUGACUUACAAAAACGUCAAAUUCAACGUGUGGGAUGUGGGGGGCCAGGACAAGAUCCGGCCUUUGUGGCGGCACUAUUACACGGGCACGCAGGGGCUCAUCUUCGUCGUGGAUUGUGCCGACCGGGACCGCAUCGACGAGGCUAGGCAGGAACUUCACCGUAUUAUCAACGACAGGGAAAUGAGGGACGCCAUCAUCCUUAUAUUUGCCAAUAAACAAGACCUUCCCGAUGCCAUGAAACCCCAUGAAAUUCAGGAGAAACUAGGCCUAACCCGAAUCAGGGAUAGGAAUUGGUAUGUUCAGCCUUCCUGUGCGACCAGCGGGGACGGCCUCUACGAAGGACUCACGUGGCUAACCUCCAACUACAAAUCUUAAUGACUAUUUAGAAGAUUUAAACGCAGUUUUACGAUGUUGCUUCUCCUCCGAAGAGGAUACGUUUGGAAGAAAAGUAACGUCGGGAGGAUUAUGCUGAUCUAACCGAUCACCCUGUUAAAUUACAAAGAAGUAUGGGCUGGAAUAUGUUCUAUAAAUAUAAUAUACAUAUUUUAUUUUAUUUUUAUUUUUUUUUCUCUUGUUCUGCGUUAGAAUUCUGACCUCACAGUUUCCUGUACAAACUUUAAAACUGAGCUUGAAGAAGUAGGAACUUCCUUCUCUAUAAGCUGUAAUGGUUUGAGGGAUAUAAAAGCUUAUUCCUUUUUUUUUUUUUUUUCUUUCUUCCGCUUUCUUUUCUGUUUUUGUUGUAAUUUCUGCAUUCAUACAGGGUAUGUUGCUAGGUCUCUUCCAGAUAGUAAACUUUACGAUUUAUUCCUUAACAAUCACACUGCAGUUUGUCUUUUAUACCUAGGCUGAUUUUAAUAGUUCUGCUAGCUAGCAUAUAACAAAUUACUUGGAAAAUUGUCACCCCCCUCCCCUUCUUUUUUUUUUUUUUUCUUAAGAUAAAUAUAUAUACAUCUAUAUUUAAAGCUUACUUGAUUACUAGGCCUUUUUCAAUUUGGUUGCUUACAAAUUGUGCAAAAUUUCAAAAAUAUUUAGCUGUGGAUCUGCCAUGAUUGGAAGCAGAUGAUCCCGAAUCUCAUAUAAUGUAUGCAUGAGUAAGCUGAAUGCAAAACGAUCCUUCUAAUCAAUUGUUUAGUGAGAGGAUGACGAGAAAACCCGUGAGUGACAUUGAGAAAGUAUAGAGAGAGCAGCCACUGUCGCAUAAGGAUCUAUUCUGUUGCAGGGGGGGAAAGAAAAUUUAAAAUUUUACUUUUUGUACAUAGAGGAAGGUUCCCUUUUACAUGUAGCAAUACUUUUAAAUUUAUGCAAAAGUUUGCCUUCUUGAAAACCAGAUUCUGUAAAGCACAACUUUGUAAUUCAGUGCAAAUUGCAAGGCUUUCUCGGAAGCUUGGUGAUUGGCCUGUCUGAUUAUCUGUGUUAAAAAGGUACAUUUCUCCAAAGCGUCUUAAACUAUAUGCAUUUAUUAAUAAAAAUACCUACAUUAUUUCUGUAAAAA